AUGGUUGACAGUACUAUUAUCGGUGUCGUGCUUUUGGCUCGACACGGCGAUCGACAGGGGUUCUAUCAGGAUCCUUCUUCGUACACCGCAUCGUCGACUACAAUAACGCCCCUGGGAAAUCAACAAGAGUACCAGCUUGGGCAGUUGUUGCGCUCUCUGUAUCUAAACUCGUCGUCAGAAUCGUAUAUUCCAGGAAUUAACAGUACUAUCGUUGACUUGGACCAGGUCAAAGUCCGUGCAGAUGGCGGUGAUGAGGGAGGUGUCAUCUUCAAUUCAGCAACAAGUUUGCUACAAGGCCUUUUCCCGGCCAACUCCAGCUAUACCGUGACUCUGGCCAAUGGAACUACUGUCGAGGGCCCUCUUGGCGGCUAUCAGUACAUACCAAUCGAAUCUGUGGACCCAGACAAUGAUGUUUCUCUCGAAGGAUGGGCUUCUUGUGGUGCCUUUGAAACGUCCAAUAGCGCGUUCUACAACUCGACAGCAUUUCAGGCAAAGGCAAACGAGAGUGCCUCAUUUCUGAGUCUUCUCUCGCCAUAUCUUGACGGCAGACCAGUUACUUUGGAGAACAUGUGGAACAUUUAUGAUUACAUGAACGUCGAAAACAUUCACGACGCAUCCUUUGCCGCUAGCAUCCCGGAUACAUUCAUGGAACAAGCUCGUGAUCUAGCGAACUGGCAUGAAUAUGGCGUCUUCUCAUCCCCCGAACUUGCGGGGAUAGGAAAUAUUGCUGCCCGUACCAUGCUACCCUCCAUCUUCGAAAGCUUCACCAGUAUCACGGACUCUGAUGACCCCCUCAAGUUUUCCUAUUUGGCUCUCGCUUACAAACCGUUCCUGUCCCUGUUCAACAUGACCGGUGUAGCCCAGAUGAAUCCGCAACUCCAAGGAAUCGUAAAUUAUGCCGCGGCCCUUGCCUUCGAGAUCAGGAAUUCCUCUUCCAGUGACGAACCCGUUUUACGUUUUAAUUUUAAGAACGGGACGGACGACAAUGGUUUCACGAUGUACAAUAUUCUCAACAGCACCGGGGACGUUCCAUUGUCGACAUUUGUAAAUUAUCUAUCGCCUGCUGCUAUCAACGCCACAGCUGAUUGGUGUACAGCAUGCGGGAAUACGGAGGACAGGGGGUGCGGUGCAUUGGCACUAGCGGCUUCGGAAGCAAGCGCCGCCGCGCAAGUGCACCAGCGAAUUGGUCCUGUUGGCGCGGGAUUCCUCGGCGCAGGUCUGACCUUGGCCGUGUGUCUAGCGAUGUUAGGUGUUCUUGUCUUCCUAGGUUUCCUCACUGUCGGUAAGGGCAGGUCGCGGAAGAAGAUCAACAAAUCCACAGAGAAGGCAUGAGAACACAUAGUUGCUAAAUUGUGGGAAAUGUACAGUUUAUGGCUACAUGAAAUGCUGUGAGGUAUACAUGAAAAGUAUGCCAAGAUGCACAUGGAAAGUUGUCUAUACAUGAGCUGAUAGUAAAGUUUCUUGGGUCUGAAGCCUUAGUCUGAAUCAUACUGAUAAAGUUGGUCAUUAUCCGAGUGUUCAUGGAAGUC